AUCAACUAAUCAUAGUGAGAGUGUGUAUAGGGUUGACAUAUUUUAAAGCACUUUUAGAUUUAGCCGCACUAUAUUAUGCACAAAGCUCAUUUUAGGUUUUGGUGUUCUCUAUAUUUGACGUUCGAAUCAGUUGCACUUGGGACUGGUUAUCAGAAAUCUGAAUCUGAGUAUUAUUCUAACUGCAGUUUAUAGUAUUUUCGACUGACGGAUAUACUUUUAAGAGAAAUCAACUCUACCUGGCUACAUUCCUAUAUAGAAAGUAUUCAUUAACGUGUUUUCAUUGGUUUCUUUUCUCCCAUCUAGUUUGAUACUUGUUUUUUUCUUUAUUUAGAUCUAGUCCUACAGCCCAUGAACGAGAUUACGUUUUAUGUGAGUACUGCCUAUGGGUUGUUUAUGUAUCAUUUUUGUGGGCGCCCAUGGUACUCUCGUAUUUCUCCUUCUCUGAUUGUGGGCGCCUUACCACUUAAAAAGUUCUGGGAUAAAUGGCAAGCAGAUGAAAAUAUCACACAUAUAGUGAGCAUGUUGGAACCAUUCGAAGUAAAAUCAUUUGUCGUAGGAGAAAAGGAUGCAAUAAAUCAUGGCAUUAAGUAUCUUUCUCUACCAGUUCGCGACUAUGUAGGAGUUCCUACAUUCGAGCAGAUUGAUGCUGGGAUUUCAUUUAUCAACUCCUGUGUACAGUCAAACGGAUGUGUAUAUAUUCAUUGUAAAGCUGGUCGUACACGUUCAGCAUUUUUGGUAACUUGUUAUUUAAUGAAUAAAGAAUCCUUAAAUGUUGAAGCAGCAAUUGCUCGUGUCCAAUCCUUCAGAAAACAUAUCACCUUCAGGUCAUCACAUAAAAGAGGUUUACAAAAUUACUUCAAAUUUUUGAAUGAUAGUAAACAAAGCAAAAAUAUGACCAAUUGAUCAAGGUCACUUACUCAACUGUAUUGCCUCACCAAAGUCUUAGAAGUCAUUUUCAUUGAUCUGAAAUGUGAAUGUACACCGGUCAAUCUUUGAUUGUGUCUUAUUUUAACCUACUACCUAGUCUGAUUGGGCUUCGUGCAUUGUUUUCAACAAAACAUUCGUCUGACUUUAUGAAUCUGUUUUAUUCUGUACAUUUUUUAUUUCUUGUACAAAUCUUAGUUUUGUAUGACAAAAAACUUAUGCUCUUUUGAAGUGAUUUUUUUUAUUCUCAUACUAUUGAUUAAUAGGUUUUUAUGAGAAAUCUGUCCUUACAUUAAAUAUUGAGCAAUUGUAUCUUUCAUUUUUCAAAAUAAAUUUAUUUCAAUAAUUCUGUGUUUUUUAAUUAUU